AGAAUUAGAGCGAGAGUGGCAAGCUGACAAGACAUUUUACAUCGGGGGGACGACCAAGAACAAGAUCAAGAUGGGAUGUACUUGCAGUGGUCAACGUUUGGACGACAACGUCCACAAAAGAAGACAUUCUCGGGAUUCCAAUGCGUCGAAUCACAUGGUUUGGGGCGGAAACACUUUUUGUGACAACGAUGAUGUGGUGUUUGUGGCGCAGCAUGACUUCAAGCCAACCAACCACAGAGAUCUCUCAUUCGGGAAGGGGGAUCAGUUCCAGGUGCUGCAAGAGAACGGAGAAUGGUUGCUGGCUCGGUCGUUGUCCACCGGACACGAGGGUUUCAUACCGUCUAAUUACGUCGCAAGAGCCGACACCCUGGAGGUGGAGAAGUGGUUCUUUAAGGACCUGAGCAGAAGAGAAACCGAAAGGCUGCUACUGGCGCCCGGAAACAAACAGGGGGCCUUCCUCAUCCGGGAAAGUGAGACGUGCAAAGGUUCCUUCUCGCUGUCCGUCAGAGAUUUUACAGCGGAAACGGCCGACGUAGUGAAGCACUACAAGAUCCGCUCUCUGGACAACGGAGGCUACUACAUCUCCCCGUCCUGCACCUUUUCCUCCCUGCAGGAGCUGGUCAAACACUACACAUGUAUGGCUGACGGUUUGUGCCAGCGUCUAUACGCUCCCUGCAAGAAGAAGCCCCCCCUGCAGCCAUGGGCUCCGGACGAAUGGGAGAUCCCCAGAGAGACCCUAAAACUGGUGAAGAAACUCGGGGCCGGCCAGUUUGGAGAAGUGUGGAUGGGCUACUAUAAGAACAUGCUGAAGGUGGCCGUGAAGACCCUGAAGGAGGGAACCAUGGAGCCGCACGCCUUCCUGCAGGAGGCCAACCUGAUGAAGCAGCUGCAGCAUGAGCGGCUGGUGCGACUGCACGCUGUGGUCACAAAGGAGCCCAUUCUCAUCGUCACAGAGUUCAUGGUCAAUGGGUGCCUACUGGACUUCUUAAAAACGGACGACGGGAAAAGGCUGAAGCUCAAUAAGCUGAUAGACAUGUCAGCACAGAUAGCGGAAGGCAUGGCGUACAUCGAGAGCCAGAACUCCAUCCACCGAGAUCUGCGAGCCGCAAACAUCCUGGUCAACGACACGUUGCACUGUAAAAUCGCAGACUUUGGUCUGGCCAGGCUUGUGGAGUCUGAAUACACUGCUCAAGAAGGUGCUAAGUUUCCCAUCAAGUGGACAGCCCCAGAGGCCAUCAACUUUGGCACAUUCAGCAUCAAAUCAGACGUUUGGUCCUUUGGAAUCCUCCUGACAGAAAUUGUCACCUACGGAAGAAUACCAUACCCUGGGAUGACAAACCCGGAGGUGAUCCGCAACCUGGAGUGCUCGUUCAGGAUGCCGUGUCCAGAAGGCUGUCCUGAGGAACUCUACCACAUCAUGAAGGCCUGCUGGAAGGAGAGGCCCGAGGAGCGACCCACGUUUGAAUUCCUGCAAAACAUGCUCAAUGAUUUCUUCGUCGCCACCGAGGGACAAUACGAAAUGCAGCCGUGACCAAAGAUUGGGUUGUAGGUGACGCCAUUGUGGAUCCUGACAGGACAACAUUCAUGUUGUAUGGAAAGCAGUUAUCAGACGGGCAAAGAUCAACACAGGGAAACAUCUGCACACACACACUUUUCAUUCAAUCACCAUAUUUACACUCCAUACUGUAGAUAUCAUACAGGUUUUUUAAACGAAUAGCAAAUAAUGUGAACAAAAUUGUAAUAUUAUAUAAUUAUUGUAUAUAAUUUUAAGUAUUUGUUAUAUCUAUAUAUUUUUUCAAUUCAAUAUUUUUUUUACAUUUUGUUAUUGGUUUAAUGAUCAAUUUAUUUGAAACUGUAUGAAAAGUAUACAAUUGAUGUUUUAUAUAUUUAGUGAAUUAUACAUGUAUUACCAAUAUUACAUAUUUUGAAUUCUUCAUUUUUUACACAUAUUUAAGGAUUUAAAUACAGAAUAUUUGUAAACACACAUUUUUCUUUUUUAAAUUGGCAAAUAAUGUGAACAUAAUUGCAUUAUUAUAUAAUUAUUUUAUAUCAUCUUAAGUAUUUGUUAUAUGUUUACAUUUUUUCAAUUCAAUAUUUUUUAAGAGUUUGUUUUUUCUUUAAUGAUCAAUUUAAUUGAAACUGUAUAACAAGUAUACAAAUAAUGUUUGAUAUAUUUAAUUAAUUUUAUAUGUAUUAUAAUUAUUAAAUAUUUCAAUUUUUUUUUUUUACACAUUACUGGGGAUUGAAAAUUAGAAUAUUUGUAACAUACACCUGGGGAUAGGUUGAUUGGCAACACUAAAUUGGCCCUAGUGUGUGAAUGUGAGUGUGAAUGUUGUCUGUCUAACUGUGUUGGCCAAGCGAUAAGGUGGCGACUUGUUCAGGGUGUACCCCACCUUCCGCCCGAUUGAAGCUGAGAUAGGCGCCAGCGCCCCCAAAAGGGAAUAAGCGGUAGAAAAUGGAUGGAUGGAUGGUAAACACACUUUUCUUUAAUGAUUGGCAAAUAAUGGGAACAGAAUUGUAUUAUUAUAUAAUCAUUGUAUAUCAUCUUAAGUAUUUGUUAUAUGUAUAUAUUUUUGCAAAUCAAUAUGUUUUGCAUAUUGUGUGAUUGUUAAUAUGAUCAAUUUAAUUGAAACUGGAUAAAAAUUAUGCAAUUAAUGUUUUAUACAUUUGAUUAAUAAUAUAGGUAUUAUAAUUAUUACAUAUUUUAAAAUGUUCUUUUUUUACACAUAUUUGGGGAUUUAAUAUAGAUUAU